AUGGCACCCCCGAACGAAGAUAUACUGGAGUUGGACGCAGUGGUGGUAGGUGCCGGUUUCUCGGGCAUUUACACACUCCACCGACUUCGAAACGAACUUGGCUUGAACGUCAAGAUUAUCGAUGCGGGGUCAGACCUGGGAGGAACCUGGCAUUGGAAUACCUACCCGGGCGCUCGAGUGGACUGUUCUGUCCCAACAUACGCUUUCGGCAUUGAAGAAGUUUAUAAGACUUGGACCUGGACGCAGCGGUACCCAGGCCAGAAGGAGUUUGAGGCCUAUUUCGACCAUGUCGACAAGGUUCUCUCGGUUCGGAAGGACUGCAUUUUCAACACGCGGGUCGUUUCCGCGUCAUUUGACUCGGAGUCUGCGAAAUGGUCAAUCGAAACAAACGAUGGAAGGAAGGUCGUGGCUCAGUACUUCGUGCCGGCCGUUGGCUUUGCAGCCAAGCAGCACAUUCCGUCGUGGAAGGGGCUUGAUUCCUUCAAGGGCGUCAUACAUCAUUCGUCUCUGUGGCCGAGGGAACCUGUCGACGUGCGAGGAAAGCGUGUCGCGGUCAUUGGGACCGGGUCUACCGGUGUGCAGAUCAUCCAGGAAUGGGCAAAAGAGGCCGCAGAGACCUUUGUCUUCCAGCGGACCCCCAAUUUCUGCCUACCAAUGGAUCAAAAAGCAUUCGAUACUGCGGACCAAGAGAAACUGCGAGACAGCACGGCCGCUGAGUUUGCGCUUUGCCAAACUACCUCCCAGGGACUGCCACGCGCAGGUCCCAAUAAAGCAUUUGGAGAAAUGUCGACCGUGGAGUGCGAUCAGAUCCUGAACGAGUAUUACGACAAAGGUGGCUUCCGCCUCUGGAGUGGUGCAUAUAACGACCUUCUGGUCACCCCUGAAGCCAAUCGUGCAACUUACGACUUUUGGGCGAAGAAAACCCGCGCUCGCAUUCAUGACCCUGUCAAGCGUGACCUCUUGGCUCCCCUAGAGCCACCCCACCCAUUCGGCACUAAGCGCCCAUCUCUGGAGCAGGGCUAUUACGAGAACUUCAACAAGCCAAACGUUCACCUCGUCGAUACCAAUUCAAACCCGAUCGUUGAGAUCACCCCGACCGGGAUAGUGACAAGUGACAAUAAAAGCUACGAAGUCGACAUCAUUGCUAUCGCGACAGGUUUCGACGCCAGCACCGGUAGUCUGUCCAACAUGGGAAUCCAUGACCUUAACGGAGUUGACCUGGGCGAGCGAUGGCGCGAAGGCGUCUCGACAUUCCUUGGUCUCACGGUCCCUGGCUUCCCAAACAUGUUCCUCCCAUACUCGGUGCAGGCGCCGACGCCGUUCUCCAAUGGACCUGUGUUCAUUGAACACCAGGCGAAUUUCAUUCGCGACAUCGUUAAAAAGAUGAAGGCUGAAGGUCUCCGGACAAUCGAUCCUCAGCCUGCGGCUGCCCAAGCCUGGAGAGACCAGGUCGUGGCAAUCUCCAAGAUGACUCUCCUGCCGCAGGCGAAAUCUUGGUAUAUGGGCGCUAAUAUACCCGGAAAGCCGGUCGAGUUGCUGUAUUGGAUGGCAGGCGUUCCUGCGUAUCGGGCUGCAUGUCAAGAUUCGAUUGGUGACAAGUUCCCCGCGGUGUUCAUUUGUCAGAAAUAG